GCGGCUUGCAGGCGAAGGAAAAUGGCGGAGAUUGAUGGAGCAGGGCUGCUGUUGAUUUCAUAAAAACGAAUAUGAACAGUCGUUGCUGAUUUCGAUCGUAGCACCUUAUGUGCUAAUAAGAGAUACAGGUUCAGCUGACCAACUUCUGUAAAAACAGCUGUCUUGACCCAUGGACCUGACAUCAGCAUCCGGCCUUAAAAGGAGGCUUCCCUCCGCCUCCUCACCCUCUUCCAAAAGAGAGAUUGUCAAAAGCCCUCCUUGUCGCUCACCCUCUUUGUCCCGGUCUUCGCCAUCAUCUGAUAGGUCUUCACCUUCGUCCACGUCCUCAUCUCCCUGUGCCAAAUCAUCGGUUCUCCCGAACCAUGUACAAGGUCAAACUUGUGCAUCAGAACUGGUGAGGGUGUCCUCCACAUCUGCCUCCCUUGCAAAGUCAUCUCUUUCUACAUCCAAAGGCACUUUUGCGGAGUCUUUUCCUCACACUUUGUUACAGUCGAGUGAUGAUUAUCAAGAGGAAGGUACAAAAAAGGAGAUGUAUGACCCUUUCCAUCCUACUGAGGGAGAAAAGGAUGGAAAGAUUGAGGAAGAUGGCGAGAAGUAUGACCCAUUUGAGCCCACUGGUUCUCCAGCAUCAGACGACGACGACGAAAACAAGGAAAUAAAAGAAGAGCUGGCGAAUACGGACAGAGAAAUUGAGGACGACAAAGAUGAGGACCCUCCAGAUUCUACUGACAUUUUCUGUGACCCUCUGAGCCCUCCGUUGGAUACCCAGCUCCCUCACAGAAGGCGAGUUGACUACAGCAGUACUAAAACUCGAGUUAAAAAAGAAAGGACCGACUCCGACCAUUCUGAAAUUGAAGAGGGAGAGAUCGUUGUGGCUAUUGAGAGAGAUGUUGGCACUAAGAGAACGGCAGGAGAAAAUCUCUCUUUGAAUUCUCCUAAGAUCACGUUCUUUGAUCCAAAACCAGAGCGCAUCCUACGUGUGCUAGAUGGAGAUGGAUUUGUGUCUGUAUGUGCUGACAGCAAUUGGGAGGUGGACAGGGAGCCAGCGGCUGAGCCUGUUGUAGGAGUGGAGGAUCUGAGAAGGAAACUGGUCAGCAAGAGGAAGGAAAGAUAUCUUGCCUUUCCUGGUUCUUCACCACUCACUUGUCAACUGCCACCUUCAGCUUCUCCUCCUGCUGAAGCCAUACCUUCAUCUCCUCUCGCACCUUCUGCUGAGCAAGGAAGCACGAGUCACAAGUCAUCCAAAGGUUCCAAGGAUCAGACCAGACAGAGAAGCAAGGAUAGGAAGGCUCGGGAGAAGGAUGAGAAGAAAAAGAAAAGAAGGAAAGACAAAGAGGGAGGUCGUGAAAGGAGCAGAGAAAAGAAGCCUGGGGAUAAGACUCACAAGGAGGACAAAAGUAGGAGAAGCAGCAGAAGUAGUAGUCGGAAGAGGAAGAAAACUCAUCACAGCAGCCCAGAGGCUUCAAAAUCACGCAACUCUUCUAGACGAGAGGAACACAGCAGACACUCGUUCUCUAGUUUUUCUGUGGAACGCCACAGAGAGCGCGAUAGAGAAAAAGAUAGAGACAGAGGUAGAGACCGAGACAGAAAAACGGAACGAGACAGGCAGAGAGAGAGAGAAAAAAGCCGGACCAUUAGCCAGAAAAGAGAUGAAACAGAUUCCAGACAUUUGAGCUCAAGGACAGAGGAGAGGAAUCGGAAGGGAAUUUUUCAUUCAAGCAGUAGAGAGCGGGAAAUUUCAAAGAGGCCUAGAAGAAGCAGAGAAAGAAGAGAAACCUUAAGAGCUCGGGAGCAUGAGAGGGAACGUCGCCGGGAUGGGCGUCCUGUUGUCCCGCCAUCGAUUCAGGACCUUAAUGGUUCUGAUCUUUUUGCCAUCAAGCGAACCAUAACAGUCACUACCACCACAACCACUACCACUGUACCUGGCUCUCCUAUACUUACUCAGGCCUCGCCAUGUCGCAUUGUACAGGACUUAGAUAUGUCCCACAAGAGAAAGAAGAAGAGGAGAUGGCACUCAGGUGGAGAGGAGAUGGACAGGGGAACUUGUCGUAGCCGUUCACAGUCACUCUCUCCUCUGCGGUAUCACAGCUAUGAGUCCGACCGCUAUUCUGAUAAAUUAGAGAUAGAUAUGUUGUCUUUAGAUGGUGAGGCUUUGGACUCAGACUACCCAUCCUUGGAGGAUACACCUCCACCGGCUCUUCCUCCAGACCCACCUGCCCCUAGUCCCAAAUCUAAAACGACCCCAAAGACUGAACGGCAACACCCGAAAAAGAAAAGUCGCACAUCAAAGAAAUUGACUCAAUCAUCCUCAUCCUCUUCUUCUAGUAAAACUAAAGGCAAAGGCCUGUCUUCGCUUUCAGUCACUUCCGAUUCUGCUUCUGUUUCAACUGGCCUUCCUGUAGCCAAGAGAACCAGAAAGGUAGGGAAAGAGAAAGUGUGGGACAAAAAGGAUUUGGGUCGCUCCAGCAAAUCUAAGAAAGAAAGCAGCGGUCGGAAAGGCAAACUUCAGUCCAAAGUGUCAGUUUUAGUGCGUGAGGGUGUAAGCAGCACCACUGGGACAUCAGUUGGCUCUGGUAAGCUAGGUAUGGACCUCCUCGGUCCUGGUGGUGCUGGAGGAGUCUCUGGAGGGUCUGUGGUGGGUGGUUCGAUUGCUGUAGUCUUCUGCAGAGAUAACGAGAGCAGGUCACCAUUCCUCAAACCUUGCACUGAGCCUCUGUCGGGAGGAGUUCGCAAUAAAGAUCUGACUAGUAUGGGCAAGCGAAAUAGCCUAGCAGCGCCACCACCCUCUUUAGCCAGUCCUGUGGGAAUCAAAUCGAAAAAAACAAAGCCUGCCUCUAUCACAUCCACUUCAUCCUCUACCUCCUCCCCUUCAUCGACUUUGGUUACCAAGCGCCGCCGCCGCGUAAUUAAGAAAGUCCGGGAAAAAGAUGGAGCGUCAGAUAUGGCCGCUGGAGAUGGAAGUAAAUCAAAAAUGACUUCUGAAGGCUGGAGUGGAGUUUCUCAAGAGGUUCUUUCGGUUGCCGUGGAUGGAAGCAAGCCCAUUAGUCCACAUUCUGGCCAAACUGGCCCUGCUCCUUGUUCGUCAUCCUCUUCUUCCUCCUCCUUUACAAGUGUGCUCCCGCCCUCUUCUUCACCACCCCGUACACCUCCACUUUCUAUGGCUCCUUCACGGGACACCAGGGAAUCUUCACCAGAUUCUCAGACAGUGGACAGCAGCUGCAAGACCCCAGAGCCUUCUUUCCUCGUUGAGGAAUGCCCCACCCAAACCAGCCCCAUGCUUCCGCCGUCCAGUCCACCGAGCCCGUCUGAGCCCCAGGGGUCUACACCUACCAUCAUGCAGCCCCCUUCAGAAAAUGCAACCAUUUCUGUGGCCUCGCCCCCUUCUUCUUCGUCAGUAGGAGGUGGUCUUGGUUCCCUUUCGCUACCUUUGUCCUCGUCAGACCCCUCUUCCUCCUCGGUGUCUUCGUCAUCUGCCAGUAAGCUUCCUCCACAGUCUCCUCUGGCGGCUCCUGUUCUACCAUGGAGUCUUCAGACAGGAGUGGACUGCACAGCUGGAGGGGUUCUUGCAUUAACUGCCCUACUCUUCAAAAUGGAGGAAGCAAAUAUUGCCAGCAGAGCAAAAGCUCAAGAGUUCAUCCAAGCGACCAGCCAGAUCCUCUCACAAGCAAACCAGAGCCAGUCUCAGGCUCCCCCGGCCGCUUCCUUGACCUCCUCCCAGAUUCCUCCUCCCCCUCCCACUCUGCCCCCGCCACCUGGAUUGAGCCCAGCACAGUUCAUCCUCCAAAGCUCCCUGCCGUUGGUUGGUUGCACCAAAACGCCACCCUCUCACUUGCACCCCACCCUUGGUGGCGGAUGCGCACAGACGCCCCCACCUUCUGUGCAUGUUGGGCUGCCAGGAUUUACUGGGAGCUCUGGGGAUGCUUUUUGGGACAAUGAAAGUAAAGACCCUGAUAAGUACCUGAAGAAGCUCCACACUCAGGAGCGGGCAGUGGAAGAAGUGAAGCUUGCUAUCAAGCCGUACUAUCAGCGCAAAGAUAUCAACAAGGAUGACUACAAAGAUAUCCUCAGAAAAGCUGUUCACAAGAUCUGCCACAGCCGCACUGGCGAAAUCAACCCGGUUAAGGUCAGCAACCUUGUAAAGCUGUACGUCCAGCGCUACAAGUACUUCCGAAAACAUGGGCGCAAAAUGGAUGAAGAGGAGCGGGAUGACAGAGAGCAGGGCGGGGCUUUUUGAAAUGUUAUGGUUCUUAUUAUCCCUUUAUUGUUGACAUCCACUAUUUUAUGUUAAUGUUUUUUUUUUGUUAUUGUUUGGCUGAGUCUGUUUUAUGCAUCUUAUAUGUGUGAGUUCACUGUAAAUACAUCAACAACAACAAAAAAUAGUCUUUAGACAACAGGUCAUGUAUAGAAAAUUCAAUGGAUCCCAUGUAUCCCAUCAAAAAUCCAAGAACCUUGAAAACACAAUGAAAUAAAGUUCCACAUUCAUUGUGAAAAUUGCAGGAAUAGUUGAUCUAUGCGAAGGAUGUAAUCCACGACUAAGUACUCAUCAAAGUACACUGCACAGUACAUACCAGAAGUAUGUUCUUAUAAUUCUUCAUCCCUGUUUCUUUGCAUAAUGCAAGCUUCAGCAGGUUGGUCUACACCAGGGGUGUCCAAACUACGGCUCGCUACCCAGUUUUUAUCGGCCUGCAGCAAGUUAUGAAAAUAUGAUCAAAUAUGGCCCGCACAAGAAGCUUAAAUUCAGCCUCUAUUCUGUUGCACUUCUCAGCUUCAACACUAGAUGGAGGUAGUCACCUUAAAAGUGCCUCUGCAUUAGGCCUUAAAACCUGUUGAAAUCAAUGUAGAAAACUAGAAUUUCAUUUUUUUCUUUACAUAAAUACACUUAAUAAUCCAAUGUGAUGAAUUGAGAUAUCUUGGUUGUGGUUUUCUCGACUUUAUUUUUUUUUCUGUUGCUGGAUAUUUUCUCUGUUCUGCAAAGUUUGUUUCAGUAGUGAAAAUAUAAAUAUAUUUUGCAAUAACCUUAUACCUCUCGAUUAUUUUGUUGCUUGUAGUCCUUAAUUCAUUGACUGCCAUUGACAGUUAUAGACAUCAAAUCCAUUUUUAUAGACAUCAAAUCCAUUUCAACUGGGAAGGGUGGUAAGGAAUGUUUCAUUUUCAUUAAUGGCGAUAGAUGUCAGAUUUGACUGGUGGGGCCCUCCCAGUCAGCAUAGAUUGGAUGGCUAUUGCUGUCAAUGGCAGCCAAUGAGUGAAUACUUAAAAUAUACACAUCUAAAAAGACUUUUUAAAUCUGAUUCUCAAAAAAGCAGAAAGAUUUCAAAUUGGUCUUUCCAUUUAAUUUUCUGUGAAAGUUUGGACACCCCAGGUCUACUCAGUAGGCCUAAUUAUAACUCAUUUGAGUGUGAAUGAGUAACCGAAUGUGGCUGAAAUCUGAGUUCAUCAACAAUUCAUUAAUCAGGCCGGAUUACGCAAUCUUCUCUUCCGUUUUAUGAAAACAUUGUGUCCCCAAAAAAAGGACAAGUAUACUGUUUUGGGUCUUUUAAUGUUUUAUUUACAUACAGCCACUCACCCUGUGAUACGAAAAAACAGAAAUGCAUUGUUUUACCAUCCUUUCUACUGGUUUCUCAACACAUUGUUAUUCAUUAUAUAGUACCUUAAUAACAACUAGCUGACACUAAGCUCUGUUUAGACUUACAGGGGUUGGACAUGGAAACACCUAUAAUUUUUGGCAUCAUAAUCAUUGAACAUAAUUGUUUGAGUGACAUGAGGAACAUUCUAAUGAAGUCGAACAUCUUGUAUAGCCAGCAUAGUCCCAAUACCUCAAUAAACAGCAUUUAUGGUUAGUUUUAGAGAUUCAAUUAAGAGGUCGAUUUCCACCGCGAUCAUUUCUAAAAGAGUUAAGAGGGUAUUCUAACUAAAUAAUGGCUUAAAAUUCCUUUAGAAACAAAGUACCAGUUGGAUGAACCAAUACCUCGAAAAAUAGAGGAAAUAUCGCGAAAGGCGGACCUACAUCAUAUAUAAUUAUUGUUUUGUUGAUUUUUAAAGGUGUUUCCAAUGUUUUGUCGAACCUCUGUACAAAUUACACAUAAGACGGUGAAAUCUUGAAGCUGAACAAACAAUUGACUAAAGGUGUGCUUUUGUUUUUUUCCAAAUUAUAUAAUACUCUAUCCUAUGAUCGCUAUCUAUACAUCAAUUUAACGUACUCAAAAUAAUAAAGUGUUUCGGAGUUUUUA